AUGUUGUGUAAAGAAACAGAAUGUAGGAGACGUGCCGAACGCGCCAGGGAUUCGCUCAGACGAAAAGUUAACGUGAUACGAGAGGUGCUCGCGGCAAACGAUGUCAACGAAGCGAAACGUCAUCUGGACGAUGUGGAUCUAUCUGCAUUGACUCCAAACAAAUCUUUCAACAAUACUCGACUUGAUCAUUCUGCCGGAUCCUUACUAGAUCCGGUUAACGUUUCUGUUGAAUCGACCAAUGAUGAAACCGUUCCAAAUAAAAGCUGUAUCCUCGAGGAUAGCGGCAUCGAUUUACCCUCAAGUGGUAGACUGUCUGACCUGGAGUAUGCAGACUACAUUGUGCUGCUAACUGAAGACCCACGUCCCUACCUGGCAAUCGCUUUUCGAGGUCACGCGGGCGGGUUUCGAGUUCUAACCAGUCACCAACUCGUCCUUCCACGCGGUCCAGCUAUUUCCGAAGUUCGUCAGCUCCCAAGCUUCCUUCAGGCAAUACUGAGGUUAAACCGGAAAAUCAGGAAUCCAUCUCGGUGGGUUUUUUACCUAAUGUCGACAGUUCGGUUUGUGCUUGGUUUUUGUUGUUAUUCAUUUAAUCGAAUCCGGUUUGACAUUUUCUUUACUGUUUGUGCAACCCGUGGUUUUUAUGCAUUAUGUCCUAUAGAUUUCAUUAGUUUCCUUGAAAUUAGCCUCAGUUAA